AUGGCUCUGCCGGACAGGCUUCAGCCGCUGCUCCCCCGCCCUGCCAGCGCCUCCCGCGGCCUCACCGCCUCUGCGCGGCUGUUGCUGACGAGCCCGCACCAUGGCAACGCCGGACGGAGACGCUGCGGGGGGCCGCUGGAAAGGACUCUGAGAUGUUUGCUGCUGGUCUCUGCUCUCUGCCUGGCUGGCUGUGACAGCAACAAGAGUGAGCUGCUGAGCCCACGCAGCCCGAGGCCAGGGGUUGCCCUCCGUGUGGAGAGGAGCCCAGAUGCCUGCCUGCCAAACCCAUGCCAGCACCAAGGCAAGUGCCAGGUGGUGGAGGACAGGCCAGUCUGCAGCUGCAAGCCAGGCUUCACAGGGCCAUUCUGCCAAGAUGUGCUCAUGAAGCUGACCUGCAAGGAUGAUCACAUGAAGAUGAUGGUGAGGAAGGAGGUGUUUGAACUCCUGAGAAUCCCCCAGCAGCUUGUCCACCUGAAGAACAAAGCAUGCAAGGUGUCAGAAAGGAGAGAAGAGGGGGAGCUCUUCUGGGCAGCCACUCUCACAAGGGAAAACUACACUGCCUGUGGAUCAGUAAUUCAGCAAAACAGCUCCCACGUGUCCUACUCCAACGGCAUCGAGUCCGAGUGGGGAGCAGGCAUGGAAGUGAUCUCCAGGAGCCUUCAGCUGAGGGUGAAUUUCUCCUGCAUCUACACCUAUGAGGAGGUGGUGAAGCUGCCCUUUGCUCUCACUGCUGUGGACAA